AUGAAUAUUGAUGGGUGUAGUCUCGACAACCCAGGGAGGUUAGGCGCAGGAGGAGUAAUCGAGGAUUUUCGUGAUGAUAUGGUGUUGUCUUUUUCGUGCUAUCUUGGGGCGGGUUCUAAUAACCUUGCGGGGUUGAAGGUGCUGUUAAUAGGUUUAAAAUAUUGUCGUGCUUUGGGUCUCCAUCAGGUGGACAUUGAGUCUGAUUCUUUGGUUUGUGUAUCUUGGAUCCAGAAGAAGUAUUGUGGAGUGUGGUAUUUAGAGGAUUUUUGGGAGGAGGCUAAGAGAUUGUUUGAAGGUGCGGAUUUUGUUAUUGCUCAUGUCUAUCCAGAAGGAAAUGCACCGGCUGAUUAUUUAGCUAAAAUGGGAGCUCGAGGUUCGACUUGUGUUUGGAGAUCUCUUCUGCAUGUGCCUAGACUUCUUAAAGAUUUGAUUCGCACAGAUAAAUUGUCUUUACCUUAUCUGAGAGGUCAUUAA